UUCCAUUUCAGAUAUGAAAACCAACCAAUUCAAUGGCGUCCUCUUCAACAGCCCCGGCCUAACGGAAGUGGAAAUCGUCCGUUCCCGUCUGAUCGUCAUCCGCGCCCAAUUCACCGGUCACUUCGAGUUGGAGCUGCUUCCGGGUCCGAAUCCGGCCGACCUGCACCACCAGCUGAAAACGAUCACCCGCAACCAGUACCAACCGCCGUUCUGGUCCUACGGCGUUCACGUUUGCGAUGAGGCUCGUAACGCUAGUUUGGGUGCUGUUCGCGCCGAUAUUGAAGGAAUGAUCGAGGCGGGGAUCAUCUUCGAUUCGCACUGCAUCAACGACGACCUGUUUUGGUUGUCCAGCGCGAUGGCGAUCACUACGGAGUUGGAGGAGGUGAUUGGGCUGCUGGCCAAUCACAGCAAGCGGUUUGUGCCGUCGGUUGUGAUGGUGCUGGAGCCGGCGGGGAAUCCCGCGUAUACGACCGCCCGGACCAAUGGGCUGUUGCUGCGUAGUGCUUAUAAUAUAGCGCCGUAUAGGGGGUUGGUCCGGAACAGGACUGCGGUGUAUUUGGAUUGGCGUACCGAGCGGCAUGAGAUGACGGUGUGGUUCGGGCAGACGUGGACGAGUGUGAGGAACUUGAACGGUUCGGGGGUUACUGUGAGGGAGGGAUGUCUGCGAGACGAUGGGAAUAAGACGUAUCCGAGUAGGGGGCAGUUGACGUAUUUGCCCGACGGGUUGAACAGUUCGAUUGCGGAUUUGAUCCGGUGGGAUACGAAGCUGUCCGAUAGUAUGGAGAUGGUGGUGAAGAGUCAGAACCGGAUGGGACCGGAGAUGAUGCGGAGAGUUGAGGAGCAGGUGGGAGCGGGGGAGUUUGUCGUGACGGGGGCGUAUGAUUUGAGGACGAGGGCGGCGAUUAUGGCGCAGAAUGUGUCCGGAACGUGGAUUUCGUUGAGGAAUGAGGUUAAUCGAGCGAUUGGGUUGUCGUUGGCGGGGUUGAGUUUUAUUGGGACGCCAGUUUGCGGAAAUGCGAGGGAUAACGUAACGGAGGAGCUGUGCAUCAGAUGGUACCAGUUCGGGUCGCUGUUGCCGCUAUUCAAGGUGUCGGAGGAUCGGAUGCCGCAUCGAUUCAGUAGAUUCGCUCAGCGAAUCAUGCUGUCUAUGAUACGUAAGCGUUAUGCUUUGAUGGAAUACAUGAAUACGUUGAUCGUGACGGAUUCGGCUUAUCUACGGCCGAUGUUUUACCACUAUGAAGAGGCGAGGAACUUCACGGCGGAGUUGUGGGAGCAGUUUAUGGUGGGGGAAGCUCUGUUGGUGGCGCCUGUACUGUUACCGCAGAUGACUCAAAUCGAUAUCUACUUUCCGGAGACGUUCUACGAGUUGUGGGCCGGAGAGGAACUUCCGACGAACGAUGUACUGCAGUACGCUGUUGUGGAAUCCGACCUGCCGAUGUUUGUACGACCAGGCUACGUUGUUGGGUUAAGGCAGAUUUCCGACGAAGUUCUGGCGAUUGACGAAGCUCGGCUUCAGCCGAUGUUCCUUACAGGAGCUGUGGCGUGUAACAUCCGUAGGACCAAAUGCGAUGCAUCUGGAUCGUUGACCUUUGAGAAAGGCUUCGGAUUGGAGUUCCGCGUGGCAUUGGAACAGGAACUCAUCAUUCGAAUUCGACUUACAGUAAGAAACGAGUCCCUGAAGGAUUCGGCAUGCUCUCCAACGCACAAAACCCUUUCCGGUGAAGUGCUGUUCGUUCAGCUUUACGGCCAUCCAAACCGUACAGAACCCCUUGUUCAUCAGCUAGACUUCGACCUCUGCCAACUGACGGAAACGGAAGCAGAAAAAGUUUACAAUUUUCCUAAUAACGAAACGCAAUCAGAAAUCCUUCAAUAAAACUGUCACGGUAAUCAACCAUCA